AUGGGGAGAGGAAGACUCGAGCUGAAGAGAAUAGAGAACAAAAUCAACCGUCAGGUCACCUUCUCCAAAAGAAGGAAUGGAUUGUUGAAGAAAGCUUAUGAGCUCUCUGUGCUUUGUGAUGCUGAAGUUGCCCUUAUCGUUUUCUCUAGUCGGGGCAAGGUCUAUGAAUUUGGCAGUGCUGGUACAACCAAAACCCUUGAGCGGUAUCAACGCUGCUGCUUCACUCCCCAAGGUAACAGCAUUGAACGCGAAACACAGGGUUGGUAUCAAGAGUUAACAAAGUUAAAGGCAAAAUAUGAAUCUCUUCAACGUACUCAAAGGCAUUUGCUUGGGGAAGAUCUCGGGCCGCUGAGUUUGAAGGAACUGCAAAAUCUUGAAAAGCAGCUUGAAGGAGCUCUUGCACUAGCUAGGCAAAGAAAGACACAGAUUUUAAUAGAGCAAAUGGAAGAUCUCCGCAAAAAGGAGCGUCACCUUGGGAACUUAAACAAGCAACUUAAAUUGAAGCUGGACGCAGAAGUACAAAGUCUAGCCCUCCAAGACCUAUGGAACUCUGGUGCAGCAGAUGGACAUAGCAACUUUGCUUUGCAUGCUCCUCAAUCCAACCACCUGGACUGCGAGCCUGGACCCGUCCUACAAAUAGGGUACCAUCACUUUGUUGAAGCUGAAGGAUCUUCUGUUCCAAGAAGCAUGGUGAGUGAGACUAACUUCGAGCGGGGAUGGGUCCUUUGAACAGUAGUUGAUCCUACAUCUACAUAUGUUUGAUUAAAGUCUAAAUGGUUUCU